AUGGCGAAGCUCUGUCGGUAUCCCCUGUUUGUGCUCCUACUAUCAAGUUUUCUUCAAUUGACCCUGGCCGACAUAGCCACGACGAUAAUUGCAUCCGUUUUCAAAAAGACUAAAACGCUCAAUUUUGUUAUGUCGCCCCGAUUACUGAUCGAAAGUCUUUAUCCAAUCUAUGUGGGAGCUGGUGGCGAUACUUUACGUGAAAUCUCUAAAUUUCUAAAAAUUGAAGACGAAACAAAGCUCCGAGUACUGACGGAGUUUGAGAGUGACAGAAAGCGCAUUGCUCAAUCUUUAAAAGGAACAGUAACUAUGGCCACAGCUUUAUUUGGGUCCAACAAAAAUAAAAUCCCUGAUGAGUAUACAAACAUACUUAUUGGUAUACUUAAUACUGACUAUCAAACGGUCGACUUUAAGAGACCUACUGCUGCUGCUAAGGUUAUCAAUGAGUGGGUGGCGAACAAUACGGACAACCAUAUAACACAUCUGAUUGAUAAAACUCCCUUAGGCGCAAAGCUUAUGCUUUUCAGUGCCUUGUACUUUAACGGAAAUCUAUCAUUACCAAAUCCGAAAGAAAUAACUGAAACAUUUUAUUCAACUUUAAUCGGUGGAACAGAAUCCCGCUUCAAUGUAAGCGCGACGUUGACUAAAAUUCGCUUACAAUACGAUUUCCUAAAAGAAAUAAAUGCAGACAUCGUAUCUGUACCUUAUAUCAAGAGCAAGGUGAAACUUGUGUUCUUGAUACCGAAAGAAAAGAAUGAUAUUCAAACUAUUGAAAAUAACCUUCAUAAAGUAAAUGUAUCGCGACUUGCACCAAAGAAAAGAAAAACAUUCGAAUUGAUAAUACCAUACUUUACCGUAAAAUCUACCCAGAACUACAAAAGUGUUUUUGAAUAUAUACACGACGAUCGAACGAUUUCAUAUCGAAGUAAAACAUUUUUGCAAGACAUCAUACAAAAAAUUGAAUUUAAACAGUUCAAAUCGCAUUCUCAAGGCGCAUCAGGCAGAGCAAGCCUACACAGAAGCAAUGGUUUGGCACGCAUCAGUUUACUUCAUCCAUUCAUAUUUUUAGUCAAAGACAAGUUUAAUAUUUAUUUGGCUGGACGCAUUGGGCUUAUAAAAUAAUAAGUAAAUUCUUGAUAUAGUCAAAAAA